GCAGAAAGGUCACCGGGUUCAGGUUAACUUGAGAGUUGCGGGCAAGGUUGUGGGGAGGUCGCUGUAAACGCCCCGCGGAGCAGGCAGCCCCACAGGGAAUUGUAGUAUCAUAAUACCAAACAGCUUUGCCGACAGGUGUAUUGAAUAGAUAGCCGCCCUAAACGUGCAAGUGCCGGCAACUUGCGUCAGGUUGCCACGGUUUGGCCACCGACGGCCUUGCCGCUUGCGCUUCCUUGAAGAAUGGCAACAACCGAGGCUUCAAAAAACCAUGACAUCACUCUACUAGACGUGCUGCGGGAGCUUGACGCGGAGGCGCUGCGGGCGUUCUUCGAUGACUAUUAUUGCUCCGACUUCCGAGGCGCGCGACGCACGUGCAGAGCUCUUCGCGACCUCGUCGACAGUAACAUCCACCAUGCAUACUUCCACCUCGCGAAGCGCAUGCUGGCACCAUGGCGCCCUGGACAAGCCUCGCCGCUCGCCCGCUUCCAGCGCGUCUCCACCUUGACGCUCCGCAUUCCCGACCCCGCCGAUCCGUCCGAGGUAGAGGAGGAGCCGGCGUGGGUGCAGCCGCCCCCCGCGACCGAGCCCGCCCCCCACCUGCUGGCUGCGCUGUGCUUCUCCGGCGUGGGGCUGGAGGUGACGUCCCGCAUCCGGCACCUGCGCCUGGUGUGCGAGGUGGCGGGCGAUGUGCCGGCGAUGCUAGGCUGUGCCGCGGCUCUGGGCGGGCGGCUGGGUGGCGUGACGCGCCUCACCCUCAUCGCCAACCCCGACACGGAUCUCUAUUUCAAAAACCCCAUCGGCCUUUGGACCGAGUACGCCGCGCUGUCCGCCUCCCUGCCCGCCCUCACCCACGUUGAGCUGCCCUACCUCAGCUGCCUCCAGGGCAUACACGCCUUCGCCCACAGCCGCCUGACCCACAUCAGCACAUGCUGUGGCGGCAAUGGUGGCCUGCUGCGGCUGAGCCAAGUCCGCAGCCUGUGCCAGCUGCCUCAGCUGCAGGGCCUGGAGGUGAGCGGCAGGCUGCUUGAGGACCCCUACGGGUACGAUGGCGCGAUGAGGCAGGGCCUGGCGCAGGCUGCGGCGGCGGCGGCGGCGGGCGUACCGGGUGACGACGAGGCCGACACGGCCACCUGCGCCGAGGUCGGGCCGCCGGCAGUGGAGCAGCUGUGGGCCCUGCGGCACCUGCUCACGCGUGCGCCGGCGGCGCUUGAGCAAAGCUUUACGCUCCAUGGGUUCGCGCUACACAACUACAACGAGCGGCCGCGCCAGCAGCUGGGGGACAACCGCAACGAGGACGAGGAGGAGGAGGAGGAGGAGGAGGAGCAUGGGAUGCAGGAGUACGCGAAUGUGGAGGAUUUGUGUGUUUGCCUGGAGGCAGGCAGGCUGGUCCGGGUGACGGUGGACGCCUGCAACGCCAGGGGCCUCAACUACCUGGCGGCGGCGCUGCUGCCCAAGCUGCUGACGACAGCAGGGCUCCCGCCGCACCGCCGCCGCCAUCAGCCGCACCAGCUGCCGCUGCUGGCGCUGCAGCGAGUGGACCUCCCCUCCCCCGCCCGCAUGCGCCGCUACCUGCAGCCGCAGCAGCCCCUGCCGCGGCUGCUGGCGCUGUGCGACCGCGUGGAGGUGGGCGAGCUGGGGCUGGGCCUGGGCGGCGCCUUCACCCGUACGAGCCCCUGCCCCGCCGCGGACCUGACGGCGGCGGUGCGGGCGGUACUGCCGCUUACGGGCUGGCCGCAUAGCCUGAUGGUCUGGAACAAGUGCGACGUAUGGCUGCAGCUGCAACUGGCCCCGGACAAGCAGGAGGAGGGAAAAAUGGGUGGUGACACAGCUGCAGCUGCCACCACUACUGCCACAGCUGCUGCCACCUCUGCUGCUACCGCGGCUGCCGAAGUGGCGUCGCCAGUGCCAUGCCUCAGCAAGGAAAGCACGGGUGAUGAUGUGUUGCGGCGGGCGGUGGGCGCAAUGUGGGCGGCCGCACAGUCGCCUGCCGCCGCGGCGGCGACUGUGGAGGCGGCAAUGGCGGCCCAGCCAACCACGUGUGUGGAUUCGGACGGCGAGGAGGUGCGGGAGAAGCCGCCGUCCUCGCGCCUCUUUGUGCUGCUGCGCGGGCCGCUCAUCGCGCAGCAGCUCAUGCCGCCCGGGCACAGCGGCACAGGCAGCGGUGUAGGUGAAGGCCUUGUUGGAAGUGACGGCGUUGGAGGUGUUGGCGGCGGCGGUGGUGCGGGUGAUGACCAGCCGUUGCUGCAGCAGUGGCUGCGCAGCCUUUUGAAGCGGCGGGGACGGCAGGCGGUAGCGGAGGCGGCGGAGGCCGAGGAAAACGACAACGAGGAGUCGGUGGAGGCGGCGCCCAAGAAAGGAGCGCUGGCGAGGCUAAUGGCUGCGCGACCGCGCUUCUGCUCGCUCGUGGUCGUACCUGCCGCCGCCUUCGUCGCGGUGCACUGCGAGCGGCCGCGUGUCAUGCUGCGACUGCUGCGUGCGGCCGUGGCGGCGGCGGCACGGACGCCGGCGGGCGGCUGCGGCCUGCAGGUCGCGGCGCUGUCCAGAGUGGGCUACGACUCAUAUGGCAUGUGUUGUCACCUUGAUUGGGCGCUGGACAAGGCCGUGCAACAGGCGCUGCAGGAGCUGUGGGACUCCGGCCCGGGUGGCGGCGGAGGGAUUGGCGGCGCCGGGGCGUCAACGUCUGGGGCGAUUGCGCUGGCGGGCGAGACGCAGGGCCAGCAGGGGCAGCAGCGGCUGGCGGCAGGGCCCAGUGGUGCGCCGGGCGGAGGAGCAGGCAGUGGCCGGCGCAGUGCUGCCGCCGCUGAGGCCGACCGCCUGGCGGCCCUGCAUCAGCUGCUGGCCGUGACGCACCAGACGCGGCAGGGCAUUUGCAAACUGUCUGCCGAACUACGUUAGGCACUUCUAUUUACUUAAACAACAUUGUGCGUCGUGCUGGCGUCAGCUGGAGAAAUAAGCGGCGCUGCUGGUACUGAAAGCCAUUCUCCCCAUCAGCACCAUGCAGUCCAUGCUUGCGAUCGCAUUGGCGGGCGCGUCGACCAGCAGCGCUGGCAUGUGGUCAUCCAUGGGCACUUAGGCACGGAGCGCGAUCUGAUGCCCAGUGCAUUGUGUAGUAGUGGAGGCCGGGACGCCGGGAGGCAUCCGCGGGUACUCCUCGGUGCGUACACGGUAGCAGGAGCGCCCGAGGUGUGGGCAGUAGGCAGGCUGGGCUAGGAUGGGCGCGACAGGGUAAUGUAACGGUGAGGUUGCCGUAGCCCCGUAAUGUGCAGCAUAUGCCCAGGCCCCAGCUUUCAACAAGCAAACUGCGGUGGCAAGGCAUGAGCGCGCGGCUGGUCUAUUGCCGGAGCUGCUGUAUCGACAAGGUGCUGGGUUGAUAGGAGGCUGGUGUCUUGCUGAUGCGCAGGGUGGCUUGGGUGGGCGGCAGGUGGCACGCUGUUAAAGUUGGGGCUGCGGCGCGUCAUGGAUGCGCCACGUUGCCACAUCGUUACAGUUAGGAUUGAAAACAGCAUGUCUGCUGCGUGGCGUGCAGGUAGUAACUGCACAAACCGUUGGGAAGAGCGGACGCGAGGGGGAGAGCUGCACACCUGCAGUCGCUCAGGAGUCCGGGGCUGACACGCGGAUGAGCAAAAGGAGUUCGUGGCAUAGUAGUCAUGUUUGCCAUGCACUUGUCUUCAACCAAGCACAUUGUAAGCUCUUGGACAG